GACGGUCCCGGACUGCCGAGCUGCGAGGUUUGAGCCGGCGCCGGAAGCGGGCCCCCGUUCAGGCCACUGACUGCAGCGAGCCGACCUCCGUGCAGGACACAGAUCGCAGCGGGUGGGGCCGCCGUACGGGCAGCAGGUCCGUCGUUCCCGGAUGCUCUCCUAGGCGAUGUUGAAGUAAUGUCAAAAAUUGACAGUGUGCAGCCCCAGACACCCGAAGAUACAGAUGAAGAGCCGUCAGGGCGAGCAGAACGCUGUCUCCCGUCUAGGGAUGGGCUCGCACAGGAUGUCCCUGGAAUACGGGGGCUGGCCGCGAGGGACGGCGUCACCGUGCCCGGAGUCAAGAGACCCAGAGCCGUGACCCCACCAUCUGCCACCGAGGACCGGCCAGUCGACGAGGCCGACGGCAUAACGAAACGGCGCCGCGAUGAAACUCUGGCCGAACGCAUAGAGGCGCAGGAGAAGCGGGACGCAGCGGCGAUGGAGGCGUGGGAGGGCAUCCGGGCGGCCGCGCAGAGUCGCCAGCGGAAAGAACAGCAGCGACCCGCGGAGGAGAGCCCUGUGCGCUCCGCCCUGGAAACCAUGCUGGGUGUGCUGGCUGCAGAGGGGCACGCCAGGAAAGACAGGUACAAACAUUGAGCACGGAUGCGUAAUGACUGAAUCGCACAAAACGAUCUUAUCAGCGGAGAAAAAAAAAACAUUUCAUUAACCCAACCGCGCGAUUGAACGAAUGAAACAGUGUACCUAUAUCUCGCAGGAGCUUCGCAUGUCGCGCACUGAACAGGUUGAAUAACAAUAUUACGUAAUACCUAAUAAACUAAUGGAAUAUUAAUAGUACAAUAAUAUGUUAUUAUAAUAUAUUUAUAUAAUAAUAUAAUAAUAAUACCUUAUUACCUAAUAAUAUACAAAUCUUUUGCACCGAUUCCACACUGUCGUGUAGAAUGUCUAAACAUGCGAAAACAUUCAAUAAAAUCGAGCAAACAAACAAAA